GUGCAUUAUUCCCGCGGCCGCGGCGGAGGGCGGGGGGGGAAGCCGGGUUUGUGGCGGCGGCUCCGGGCGGCCGGCCGGCCGGGGCUGCGCGGCCGGAGGACGAGCCGCCGCCGUGGGGAGAAGCGGCGGAUGGAGAUGUUUGGAACCCCCGGUGUCCUGCUCUGGUUCUGGAGGUAGCGGUUAGCAGCGGUUAGCAGCGGCGUUAGCAGCGGCGUUAGCAGCGGUUAGCAGCGGCAUUGGGAGGAAAGACAGCAGCUGAAGGAUGCUCCUGGCCCAGAUAAACCGGGACUCGCAGGGAAUGUCGGAGUUCCACGACGCAGACGGGCAGCCGGUGACGCUGUGCCUGACGGAGGCGGUGGCGGUGGCAGACGGCGAGCCCAUGGAGAGCAUGGACACGGUGAGCCUGCAGGCCGUCACGCUGGCCGACGGCUCCACCGCCUACAUCCAGCACGAAAACAAGGCCCCGUUCUCGGACGGCCAGAUCAUGGACGGCCAGGUGAUCCAGCUGGAGGACGGCUCCGCCGCCUACGUGCGGCACCUGUCCGUGCCCAAGACAGGAGGAGACAGCUUACAGCUGGAAGACGGGCAGGCGGUCCAGUUAGAGGACGGAACAACGGCCUACAUCCACACACCCAAAGACACGUACGAGCAGAGCGGCCUGCAGGAGGUGCAGCUGGAGGACGGCAGCACGGCCUACAUCCAGCACACGGUGCACAUGCCGCAGCCCAGCACCAUCCUGGCCAUCCAGACGGACGGCUCCAUCGCUGACCUGCAGGCCGAGGGGGCCACCAUCGACCCCGAGACCAUCAGCGUGCUGGAGCAGUACGGCACCAAGGUGGAGAACGUGGACAACGCUCUGAGCUCCUUCCGGGGCGUGGAUGCAGACGGAGGCGUCCACAUGAGGAUCGUGCUGCAGGAGAGUCGGCCGACGCGGUCGUCUAAAGACUCCAGCGUGGGGGAGAAGUCGUUCCGCUGUGAAUAUGAAGGUUGUGGGAAGCUGUACACCACGGCCCACCACCUGAAGGUCCACGAACGCUCGCACACCGGAGACAAGCCCUACAUCUGUAACUUCCGAGGCUGUAUGAAGAAGUUCGCCACAGGUUACGGGCUGAAGAGCCACUCCCGCACCCACACCGGGGAGAAGCCGUACCGCUGCCAGGAGAUGAACUGCUGCAAGUCCUUCAAGACGUCCGGAGACCUGCAGAAGCACACGAGGACGCACACGGGAGAGAAGCCGUUCAAGUGCCCGGUGGAGGGCUGCGGUCGCUCCUUCACCACCUCCAACAUCCGCAAGGUGCACAUCCGGACGCACACGGGGGAGCGGCCGUACUACUGCUCCGAGCCCAGCUGCGGACGCUCCUUCGCCAGCGCCACAAACUACAAGAACCACAUGAGGAUCCACACGGGAGAGAAGCCGUACGUGUGCACGGUGCCCGGCUGCGAGAAGCGCUUCACGGAGUACUCCAGCCUCUACAAGCACCACGUGGUUCACACGCCCUGCAAGCCGUACAACUGCAACCACUGCGGGAAAACCUACAAGCAGAUCAGCACGCUGGCCAUGCACAAGCGCACGGCGCACAACGACACGGAGCCCAUCGAGGAGGAGCAGGAGGCGUACUUCGAGCCCCCGGCAGACGCCAUCGACGACCCGAACGUGAGCUACUCGUCCUCCGUGGUGGAAGCAGACGAGUGCAGCCCGGAGCAGGCUCCCGUGGAGACGGACCUGGGCCCGCAGCACGUCGCCCUGGUAACGCAGGAGGACGGGACGCAGCAGCAGGUCAGCAUCUCGGAGGCGGACCUGCAGGCCAUGGGAGGAACCAUCACCAUGGUAACGCAGGAAGGAACCACCAUCACCAUCCCAGCACACGAGCUGGCAACGCAAGGCACUCACUCCGUUACCAUGGUAACGGCAGACGGCUCCGAUGAGCAGGUGGCCAUCAUGACCCCCGACAUGACGUCCUUCCAGACGGUGGAGGACGGAGGAUUCAGCCAGGAGCAGGACGACAUCCACCCGGUCACGCUGCUGGCCACGUCCAACGGAACACACAUCGCCGUGCAGCUCAGCGACCAGCCCUCCCUGGAGGAAGCCAUCAGGAUAGCCUCCCGGAUACAGCAGGGGGAGUCGCCGGGCCUGGACGAUUGACGGACUCAUGAAGGGACAGUGGUUCUGGGGUCGCGACCUUUUCACACGGACGGUAUCCCUGGGAGAAAUCACGAGUCUUCCUCGCUGCUCGUCUGUUCCCUCCACUGUUAAAUCUAGCUUUUAUGUGUACAUAGGAUUUUGAUAACUGGAGCUCUGCGAUGCUAUUUUGUCCCUCGUCCCAGAAGAAAAGGGGGGGGGGGGAUGCUUUGUAAUGUUUAUGGUGCACAAUGCACAGUGCAGUGUACAGUUAAGAUUAUUUCUAAUUAAAAAAAAAAAAAAGUGUGACUAUUUACUCUAAAUGCCCAUAUUCAUGUCUAAUUUUAGUUCACUUCCACUGAAUAUGUUGAAUAAGAAAAACGUCCAAAGGAGCAAAGAGAGAAGUCCGAUUAUGAACUUAUUUUACGUAAAAUAUCAGCGCUGACCCCAUGAAGGAAAUAUCAGCGUUUUAAACAGCCGCCACUUUUUAAAGUUUAUAUGCAAUAAGAAUGUGAAGGG